AUGGACAUGACAACGACUACUAACGGCUCCACGCCAGGUAUGUUCAUAAAUAGCCAAGCGUCCGCAACGCAGGCAGGUUCCGCGUCUAACGCAUCUAAUAUGGCUAGGUUCAGAAGAGAGUCGAUAGCCCACUCACAGGGUAUGGGGGGAGUAUCGUGGGGGUCACUGACGAUCGGGUCGUGGUUGCGCGACGAAGUCAUGAUUCAGGCUCAAAUGGGCAACAGCACUACUUCGGGUUCUGGUGCUGGCUCUCAGGGAGUUGCUGGUGGCGCCGGCGGCACUGGUAAUGUGAUAAACGUCUCCAGCACGGCAUCCUUUUCCCCACCUGGUGCGUCGUCAGCUUACCUACCGAACCUUGAAAAACAGUACUGUAAGGACUACUCUUGUUGUGGACUACUGCUGCCUGGUUUACACGACUUACUAAGGCACUACGAGGAAGCACAUAUAUCUACAUCUCCUGGAACCAUCAAUAUACAUGGCACAUCUAUGGCUGCUGUUGCCGCUGGCGGAUCAGGUAACAGCGGGUCUUCGGGACUCAACGGAUUUAACGCCACUUCCAAUAGCGCUGCUCAGAGUCAAAAGAGGAGAAUGGCAGCUGUUUACCAGCAACAGAUGCAGCAGCAUCAACUGCAGCAACCAUCUGCCCAGGUGGCACCGACCUCCAUGGGUCCCACGCGAGCUCACCUGUCCCCUCAACAUUCGGCUCGGGCUGUCCAGCAACAACAACAACAACAACAGCAACAACAACAACAACAGCACCUUCAACAGGAUCCACAUACACAGUCACAGCAAUCGCAGCAGCCGUUCCAGGAACAUUCAUCUCAACAACAACAGCAACUUCAACAGCGACAGCUGUCACAGCAUCAACACCAAGUACCUGCGAGAAACCAACAGGGCCACCUUCAAACUCACGUACAACACCCUGCACAUCAAGAUCAGCAUAGUCGUCAGCAGCAGCAACAGCAUCAGCAGCAACACAAAAAUGACCAAGCAAGCCACCUACAGCAUCAGCUUCAGCAACAAAUGCUCAAUCAAGCCAUGCAGCAGCAACUGCAUGGUGCCCAGCAUCCAAGUUCUGCUGGCACCACGUCAAACGUACAACAGCUACAUCUCAACGGUAAUUUGGUAGACGCCGUCUCCACAGAUGAAGUGUUUUUGCAAGGGUCAGGCCCACAACACCCCAGACGUAGCCCGCAACCGAUGGGCGGGACAGUCGCGUCAGGUAUGAUAAACCAUACUGGACACGAUAAUCAAAAGCUACACGCGAAUUUCAAUAAUUAUUCAUUGAACAUGCAUCCUAUGUCAAAGGUUAGACUAGGAGGAGGAACGUUGCAACAGCAACAAGCCCAACAGCAGCAUCGCAUGAUGGUCUCGGCCCCUGACCUCAUGCAAGAGAAAAGACGCACAUCCUCACAUGCACACACGGCUGCCGCUGGCAUUGAUCUCGAUUUCAUGGACACUGACAUCGUGGAUGAUUUACACGACCCUACGACAAUUAUGGGAACCACCGCCAUUUCUUCUGAUCCAACGAGGAAUUGGAAAGCCGACACAGGUCUUAAGCAUCGAAUUGGCAAAAUGGGUGGUUCCCACGAAUCCGAAGAUAGCAGUAUGAGUGAUGAAGAAGAUGACGACGAUGAGCAAAAUUCUGCCGUUAGUGCAUCAGCUGCAAGUAAGCGAAAACAACAAACAGGUUUCAUUGACGAUCCGGCAAGACGGCUCUACGUCAUGGAUCAUGAAGAACAUAAGCCAUUCAAAUGCCCAGUAAUUGGUUGUGACAAGACCUACAAAAACCAAAAUGGCCUCAAGUAUCACAAACUUCACGGUCACCAAAACCAAAAAUUGCACGAAAACCCAGAUGGUACAUUCAGUAUCAUCGAUCCAGAGAGUAAUGAGCCGUACCCAGAUGGUAUGGGAUUGGAGAAAGACAAGCCUUAUCGGUGUGAGGUUUGCGGUAAAAGAUACAAGAAUUUAAAUGGGUUGAAGUAUCACAGGGGACACUCGACCCACUAG